UGCACUUGACAGUUGUCGUUUUAUUGUUUUUCAAAUAUAUAUACAACAAUUGCCAGUCAACUGUGUAUUAAUUAUUAUAUUUACCAGUGUUCAUUAUUACUUUUUUGUUAGUUUUCUUCUACUUGUUACAAUAGACGGGAAAUUAUUUUAAACUAUAUACAUAUAAACGUAUUACUGGACUGUUUGCAACAAUUGCCAAUUAUAACCUUUUCAAUCGGAAAGGACGAGUUUAUUUGCACAUAAAUAAAAAUGAAAUACUAUAAGUGAAAUAGAAAAAUCAAAUAUGCGCAAGUGUGACAAAUAUUGAAAAUUCAGAAGAAACAUGUCUUGGACAAAGUAUAGAGAGAGGCGUCCAAGUCCAGAGGUUUCUAUAAACGACAGUAAGGACUCGAGUUUAAAUGAAGAGACGCACCAGGAAGAAAAUGUUUCCGUCAGAUCUAUAGCAUCAAAUCGUGAAAGAUGGUUAGAAGAACCAGAGUUAGUGGAAAGGCGUCCGAAAAUGAAGCAAAACGAUUGUGUACCAUUUUUGGUGCAAUUGAUUCAUUCACGGGACCAGAGUCCGGACGUGAGGGAAGGAGCCUCGAGCGCUUUGCGGAAUGUAAUUCACGCUUUCGACGACAAGAAAGGUCGGGAAAAGCAUAUAUUCGAACUUUUGGAACAAUUGCGGGACUAUUCGGAAAUGUUGAAAUUGACCGUUACCACGGGAUAUGUGCCGGACAAUCUCCACAAACACCCGAAUUCGACAAUGACGUCACUUAUGAAAUUGUCCUUCAAGGAAAACUACCAUCGGGUAAUAUGCUACCUCGGUGGUUUGCAGACAAUAGCGGAACUGAUGGAAUGCGAGCACGCGGCCCACGGUUCGGAGACGAGCGAGCGGGAGUGCAUCACUCUCCGCCGCGAUUCGGGAAUGACACUCGCGAGUCUCAUUGUCGGCGACACCAACAACAAGGCGCUGCUCUGUUCUUUUCGAGAUUUUAUCAAAGUCUGGGUGACGCAGUUAUUCAGUCCGUGUGAAGAGCUGCGGCAAGUGACGGCGAGUGUCUUCUGCAACUUGUCCUGGAGGGCGGAUAAUGAAAGCAAACAGGCGUUGCGUGAAGCGGAAGUUGUCACGGGGCUGAUGAAAGCGGCAAUGCGCUGCCGGAAAGAGUCCUCGCUCAAGACGAUUCUCUCCGCACUUUGGAAUCUCUCGGCUCACUGUGCGGCGAACAAGGCGGAGAUUUGCGCCGUGGAGGGAGCGCUCGCAUUCCUGGUGAAUAUGCUCUGUUACGAGUCGCAGACAAAAGGUCUCGCCAUCGCCGAAAAUGCAGGCGGAAUUAUUAGAAAUGUCUCGAGUCACAUUGCGGUUAGAGAGGAUCACAGAGCGAUUUUGAGACAGAAGAAUUGCAUUCAUAUCCUCGUCAGGCAUCUGAAGUCGUCGAGUCUGACAGUCGUGAGCAAUGCCUGUGGUACGCUGUGGAAUUUAUCGGCCUGGUGUCCCAGGGAUCAGAAAACACUUUGGGAAUUGGGGGCGAUUCCGUUGCUCCGAAAUUUGACCCACUCGAAGCACAAGAUGAUUUCCAUGGGGGCCAAUUCGGCUCUCAGGAAUCUGCUGUCAGCGAAGGGCGCCAAUGGGAAUCUGUCGCAGGAAAGUAGAGUUCGAAAACCAACGACCGAAAUCGAAGAAAAUACGACCAUGACUCCUAGAAAAAGAGACUCACGCUUGGACGUAGAAAACCAGAAGGGCGGUUGUGUGAAGAAAAACGUCUUCUCCGAUUCUGUGCAUCGCUACGAUCGCGAAUUCGUUCCCAUCGACAAUCGAUCCUUCAGUUACGAGCGGCCCAAAUCGAGAUCGGUGCCAACUGCCUACAUUUCCACUGAACCCGGGAAAAAGUUGAAGUUCUGCAUUAAAUUGACAAACGACAGUGAGUAUGACGAAGGAAAGGAGAAUUUUCGUUCCUCGAACGACGUUCCAUGGAAUUCGCCACCAGACAUUCCGAGCUACACUCGCCACAGAGUUUGCUCUCCAGUGGAGGAGAAUCAAGUGUCCGCCUCACCUGCAGUCGCGAAUUUCGAGAAACCCUUCACGAACUUCAUGAAUAGAUCCCCUUCGGACUCGACCUGUGACGAGGACAUCAACGACCAGCCAAUCGACUACAGCAAAAAGUAUUCCGAGAGAAAUCAAGGUGCCAAUCUCUUGGCGAACGAAACCGAAAUUUCGCCAAAAGAAGAAUUCUCCAAUCACGAUGAUAAGGUGAAUUUAUUCGGUGACUAUGUAGAAACGGAUCUGGACCAACCGACAGAUUACAGUCUGCGUUACGCUGAGGACGAUACCGACGAGGAGGAAAAGGAGAAUCCCGAAUACUUCCCCAGGAAUGAGCAGGAAGACACUGUCAAGACAUAUUGCACAGAAGGUACUCCGUAUCAGACGCCGUUUAAUUUCUCGACCGCAACUUCCAUGUCGGAUCUGAGAGUCGAAGAUGUCAAAGAAGGAGGUGAGAAGAAAUUCUCCAAGAAGAUGGAUUUGAGAAAGAAUUCCGACUCCGUCACAAAGGAUUCACAGUUUGAUGAGUCGCAGGAGAUGCAAGAGGAGGAAGAGGAGGAGGAGGAGGAGAAGGAUUUGUUGAAUUCAGAUGUUAAUUUAGCGGAGAAACCAAUUAGCUAUUGUGUCGAGGGUACGCCGCAGUGUUUCUCCAGAGUCAGUUCUUUCAGUUCGCUAGGAAGUGCUGUAGUCGCUCAAAAUUUAAGCAUCGAAACUGUCUCGGAGGAAGCAGUCGGCAAUGACAUUACCUCCGAAAAUGUCGAUCCUCAAUCGAACGCGGAGCAGAUGAAUGCAAAAAACACACCCACUACAAGUGUCGAGCAAGAGAAGAACGAGAGUCGCAUUAUCGAUAAAGAAGAAAAUGAUAAUUUAUUUACAGGCAAAAUGGUGAAAUUCGGAAGAGAGGAUCGCUAUGCAGAGCAAACGCCUCUAAUGUUUUCGCGAUGCAGCUCCUUGGGUUCUCUCAGCGGGUUCGAGCAACAUUCAAUUCGAGACGAUCUUAGUUCGGGAAUUAGUGACUUUAGUCGAAUGACUAGUGGUGUUGUUUCGCCGAGUGAACUGCCGGAUUCGCCAACACAAACCGUUCCACCGAGUCCUCGACACAAGCAUCAGCAUACCGAAUUUGGUAGAAAAUCGCAAAACGAAUCUCGUCUCAGCUUUCAAGCACCUUCUUGCAGUAAAAUGCAAUCGGCAAAAAGAAGUGUCUUCGAGGAUGAGAUGGCUGCAUUUAAAGAUGAAUCGACGCCUCUUGAAUUCUCGGCAGCCACGAGUCUCAGUUCCUUGACUAUCGAUGACGAACCGAAGUUACCUAAAUUUAGAAUGGUAGAAAAAAGGUCUGUUGUUCCUGAAAGUGUGGAAUGCACGGGAAAUUCGGAAGAAAGUUCCCAUCUCCCUCAAUUGAAGAAAGAGAAUCAAGUUGAUGAUUGUAAAGACAACGAGACUCUUCCCAAUGAAAGAUAUACGUCAACCGACCAGAAUUCGAUAAAUGUUUCACAGUCCUCGUGCAAUUUGAGAAGAUUCGAAACGAGUUUUACUCUAGACAGAUUGGAUUCGGCGUUUAAACGUGGGGGACAAAAUGUUUCACUCCGAAAUGUCACGGAUCGAGUUGAUCUCGUCGAGACUUUGGAUUCUGUUCACGUUUACUGUACCGAGGACACGCCCGAUGGAUCAAUUUCGAAUUUAUCCGCACUCUCGAUGCCCAGCAUUCCAGAUGAUAACGAAAAUAUCGAUCACAAUAAAUUAUUGUACCUGGCGAAUCGGAGGAAUAAAUCCUCUGAUGAAGCUUCCAACUCUUCUGGUGAUAAUGAAAUUAUUUUACGGGAGCAAGUUGAGUCAGUGCAGACAAAGAAGAAAGUUUCGCCUCAGAAUUCCGCGCAGAAUUCAUCACUUGAAGUUCCUUUGAAUAGCUGUAAUAAUUCCUCAACCUCCUUAAUUCCGAAUCGAUCUUUCAAAGUCGAAAGAACGACUCCCGAACCCUCUGACGACAGUGUCAGUCUCACAGAGGAAGAAAACAAUAAAUUGGAUCAGUUAAUUGAAUCCGCUAUGCCAAAGAGACGUUUAAAUGAUUCAUCGUCGCUCGCAACUUCCGAACAAAAUCUCGAGAGAUCAUCAUCGCCCGCUCCCUCGGUUGGAAGUAACAGUUUCACUGAAGAGGAAACUAAUAAAUUAACACGACUAAUUGAAACUUCAUCAGUUCCGUCUUCGCCAAAACUAAUUAACACUCGAGCAUCGAAUUCGAAUUUGCAGCAAACUUGUAAAAUUGACAACUCAUCUGUACUAUUUGAGGACAACGCUUUUAUUAACGAUAAAAUUAGUCCCCGUGAUAUAUUACUCUUGGAAUCUGAACUGAGACAUUUUAACAUUCACUCGAACUCGCAUUCGCUGAGAUCGUCAUCGCCCAUCAACGACGAGUUUUACAGAUCGAAUCCCUGUGGAAGGUCUUCGUCGCCGACGACUCUGGUGCCAUCGACUCGAAAGGAUAAUUCCUCGCCCGCUCCAUCGGAAGACAGCAACAGUCUCACCGAAGAGGAGAAUAUCAAACUCGAUCAACUGAUUGAAUCCGCAAUGCCGAAGAGGCAAAAUACUUUAUCGCCAUCGCCAAGAUCGAAUUCGCCGAAACUGGUCAUCAGUAAGUCGAACUACAAUUCACCUUCGAGAAAGAUUCACUCGUCAAGUCAGUCGGAAAUUUUACUAAGAUCCGAAUUGGAUUUUCCAGAAGAUGAAGAUAGUCGCUUGAAUCAAUUAAUCGAAGCCGGAAUGCCAAAAAAAAAAUUGAGCGUUUCCUCGCGGUCGUCACCGAUUAAUGUUCGCCCAAGAACGAAUCAGUACAAUGAAUCGUCACUUCCGUUAAUUCCCCAACAAUCGUACAAAUCUAGAGUGAAUCGCGAUUCCUUUAAUGAUUUUGCCGUUCACAAGGAGAGACUCGAUCAACUAAUUCAGUCUGGAAAUCCAAAGAAACGAGGAAACGGACCGAAAACUUCUCCAACGAAAGUGCCGGACAGAUCAAAUAAAUUAAAUUCUCGUCCUUACCAUUCGAGUCGACAGAACUUUUUCCGUGGGGACAGAAUAAAACCAGAACCAGACGAUGACACGAUAAGUUUGACAGAGGAGGAUAAUAUGAAAUUGGACCAACUGAUAGAAUCUGCGAUGCCAAAGAAACAGUCGCAAUCUUUUCAUCCAAGUUCCUCAGGAAGAGUUUUGGACGAUAUUCCAGCUAAUAGAAUGCUUCCUUACGGUUGCUCCUCACCGCCGUCAUUUCGUCAAAAUUCUUGUAAAAACGGAAGAGUGAAAAUCGAGCAAAACGAAAACAGAAACAGUCUGACCGAGGAGGAAAACUUGAGACUCGAUGAGCUGAUCGAAUCUGCAAUGCCCAAGAAACGAAAUUCAUCACUGAAGCCAACAUCGUCGAAAAUUCCCGAGAACAUCGCGCACAGAUCGAAUACAUGUAUUCGUUCGUCGAAUCCAUCUUUGCGACGCCACGCCUAUGGAAAUGUGGGCAAAUGGAAAUAUUACAAGAGACUGAGUUUCUCACGUAUUCUUCGCUUCAUUCGGGAAAGUUAUCCCUGAUAAUUAUUCAAAUUUUUACGAGCGAAGAAAAAAAUGGAUUUAUACAAGAGUGCAAUCUAAAAAAGAAAAAAGAGAAAAGAAAAAAGAAAACAGAACGAGCUUAUUGAAACGAAUUUUUAGAUUUAAUAAUAAUGAUGAAUAAACUAAUUGACGGAAAUCACAGGAUAAAUCAAAGACUGAUAGAAAAACAAAAAGUAUAACGCAGAAAUUUGUACAUGUCUUCUUGUUUUGCAAAUUUUUAAUACGUUUCCAUUUAGAUAUAUUUUUGCAUAUGAAUAGAAAAUAUCCUGAUUUCUUAAAAUUGAGCUCUUCAUUAGAUGUUAAGCCUUGUAAUUGUAAAUAAUCGAUGUGAUAUCUCUCAUGAGAAAAUUAGUUUUAGCCGUUUUCAAUUUUUUGGAAAUUUUUUUUACAUUCCGACAACUUUUUUUAAAUACUUACGCUUUUAAUUUGACGUAUUUUUUGAAACAUAUUGUCUUAUGUUAAGAGUUCGGAAUUUUAGUUCUUUACACGUACGACUAGACUGUGGUAAUGCGCUGUGUAUCGAAAACUAGAAUAUUCAACGUGCCACUUAUUCAUUAAGAUUAUAUUUUAAAGAGCAAUGAUUUUUAGUCUUCCACGUUUAUCAACUUUUUCAUCUAUGUGUAAUUAAAACAUGUGAUCUGUUUAUUAUUGUAACAAGAACGAUUUUUAGAAAUAAAACAAAAUUUAUAGUA